GGGCAUAAUUGUAAUUAUGGAAGGCACGUCUUCUUCCUCCACUGAACAUUAACCCAAGGUUUAUGGAAGUUAUUUUUGGCGGGAAUUAGGGUUUUAAUGGGUACAGAGAGAAACAGGAUAGCGUGCUUGUUCGACGUGGUUGACGACGGCACCGCUAAGAUGUCGGAAUCCGGCGAUGGAGCCACCAACAACAACCACGUCAUCAAUCGGUGGACCGGGAGGCCGUUUUCGCAGAGGUACUUUGAGAUUCUGGAGAAGAGGAAGAGUCUUCCCGUUUGGCACCAGAAACACCAGUUCUUGCAAACUCUCGCCCAUAACCAGAUUCUCAUUCUCGUCGGUGAAACUGGCAGUGGCAAAACCACGCAGAUUCCUCAAUUUGUUUUGAAUGCUGUUGAUUUAGAAACACCAGAUAAAUGCAGGAAGAUGAUGAUUGCGUGCACUCAGCCUCGCAGAGUGGCUGCAAUGUCUGUUUCCCGGCGUGUGGCUGAAGAGAUGGAUGUAAUGAUUGGAGAAGAGGUUGGUUAUAGUAUCAGAUUUGAAGACUGCAGCAGUUCAAGGACAGUUUUGAAGUAUCUCACAGAUGGUAUGCUUUUAAGAGAAGCAAUGACAGAUCCACUCUUGGAACAAUAUAAAGUAAUUAUUCUCGAUGAGGCUCAUGAAAGGACUUUGGCUACAGAUGUGCUAUUUGGCCUUAUAAAGGAAGUUCUUAAAAAUAGAGAUGACUUAAAGUUAGUCGUAAUGAGUGCGACUCUAGAAGCUGAAAAGUUCCAGGGCUACUUUAGUGGUGCCCCUCUUAUGAAAGUUCCAGGAAGGCUGCAUCCUGUUGAAAUUUUUUAUACUCAGGAACCUGAAAGAGAUUACCUGGAGGCUGCUAUUAGGACGGUGAUGCAGAUACACAUGGGCGAACCUUCUGGGGAUAUACUUGUUUUUCUAACGGGAGAGGAAGAGAUAGAAGAUGCAUGUCGGAAAAUAUCUAAAGAAAUUUCAAAUUUGGGAGAUCAGGUGGGCCCUGUGAAAGUGGUAUCCCUCUAUUCUACUCUUCCCCCAGCUAUGCAGCAGAAAAUUUUUGAACCACCUCCACCUCCACUAAAGGAGGGUGGACCUCCUGGAAGGAAAAUUAUUGUGUCAACAAACAUAGCUGAAACCUCCUUAACAAUUGAUGGCAUUGUCUAUGUUAUUGACCCUGGUUUCUCUAAGCAGAAGGUUUAUAACCCACGAGUUCGUGUUGAGUCUUUAUUAGUGUCACCAAUAUCAAAAGCAAGUGCGCAUCAGAGAUCAGGACGUGCUGGAAGAACUCAACCAGGGAAAUGUUUUAGACUUUAUACUGAGAAAAGUUUCAAUAACGAUCUACAGCCUCAGACCUAUCCCGAAAUUUUGAGAUCAAAUCUUGCCAACUCUGUUCUUACCUUGAAGAAACUGGGUAUAGAUGAUUUAGUGCAUUUUGAUUUCAUGGACCCUCCCGCCCCUGAGACCUUGAUGCGUGCAUUGGAAGUGUUGAAUUACUUGGGAGCACUGGACGAUGAUGGUACCUUAACAAAGUUGGGAGAGAUUAUGAGUGAAUUUCCCUUGGAUCCACAGAUGUCAAAGAUGCUUAUUGUGAGUCCCGAAUUCAACUGUUCAAAUGAGAUUCUGUCAAUGUGUGCCAUGCUUUCAGCCCCCAAUUGCUUUGUCCGGCCUAGGGAAGCACAAAAAGCUGCUGAUGAAGCUAAAACUAGGUUUGGGCACAUUGAUGGGGAUCAUCUCACACUCUUGAAUGUCUACCAUGCAUACAAGCAAAAUAAUGAGGAUCCCUCUUGGUGCUACGAUAACUUUGUUAAUCAAAGGGCACUGAAAUCAGCUGAUAAUGUUAGACAACAGUUAGUGCGUAUCAUGGCCCGGUUUAGCCUCAAGUUAUGCAGCACCGACUUCAAUAGCCGUGACUACUACAUCAACAUAAGGAAAGCUAUGCUAGCUGGAUAUUUCAUGCAGGUAGCUCAUCUGGAGCGAACAGGACAUUACUUGACAGUGAAAGACAAUCAGGUGGUGCAUUUGCAUCCAUCAACUUGUCUUGACCACAAACCUGAAUGGGUUAUCUAUAAUGAAUAUGUUCUUACUAGUCGAAAUUUUAUUCGCACUGUGACGGACAUUCGUGGGGGGUGGUUGGUUGAUAUAGCACCACACUACUAUGAUUUGUCAAAUUUUCCUCAUUGCGAGGCCAAGGGUGUUCUUGAGAGACUCUACAAGAAGAAAAAGAAGGGAAAGGAGGAAGCCAGGAAGCACAAAUGACAUCCUUGCCAUCAACAUUUUUAGGUCUUUGGAUUUGCAUUGGCUGUUUCGUUUUCUUGCAGCUGAAGCUAUGAUCCCUCCUGCAAGCCAGAGUUACCUAAAGCUGAAUUCUCAGUAACUUAAAUAAACAAUGGCGAAGUUCCUUGUAGCAAUUUCUGGUGUAUUUUAUAUCUAAUCGUUCUCCAUGUAACUUCGCAUCUUGGUGUUUUCCCAAAUAUGAAGCUUAGUCACCACUUAGAUUUUGAUUUAAUAACAUAAUAUUUUUCGUUCAGUU